AUGCGGAUAUACAGCAGUUGUAUAUUUAUGUUGAAUAUAGACAAUUGUGAUUGUGAAGGAAAAAUCAAUAUUUGGUUUGAUAUUUGCUGCAGGACCUAGUACUUAUUGAAACUAGCAAAAAUGAGUGCAACGGAUUAUGUUCAAAUAAAAGACAUAAAAGCUGGCAUGAGGAAUAUCAACUCCAUUUUUAUAGUAUUGGAGGUGGGUCCACCUAUAUUAACGAAACAGGGACAUGAAAUUCGUAUAUUGCGUGUUGCGGACCCUACGGCCAUGAUCAAUUUUUCUGUAUGGGAUGAAGCCGGUGCAUUACUGCAGCCGGGAGACAUAGUGCGACUUACACGCGGUUAUGCGGCUCUGUGGCGCUGCUCCCUUACCUUGUACUCUGGAAAAUUUGGCGAUAUACAGAAGGUGGACGAAUUCUGCAUGGUGUUCAACGAUGAAUUGAACAUGAGUGAGCCCCAGCCGGCUCUUGCCGCCAUGUCUCAGGGCCAACAGCAUUCUCACGCAGCGCCACUCUCACUUAUGCCAAAUGCAGCAAGUGGAGAUCAAGUCAACAACUCCAAGCAAGAGCCCUUUGAUAGUCAACAAAAGCAUAAAAGUUUUAUGUAGUGAAGGCACUCAUAAUAUGCAGUAAAAACAAGGAGAACAAGCACAGCAACACAUUUAUAGUACAACAAACUUACUGGCCCGG